UCUUACACUACUAUUCAUUUAUGUUAUUUUUUCUAUUUCGUGAUAAUAGCUUAACUAUUUUUUUCAAGGCACACAAAUUUGAUCUAUACAAAUACAAUACUAUCUUACACAUAAAAUACAAACAUGACUUCCCCAUAAACUUAUCUCAUUUGAUAAGGACAUUGCGUAAUUUAUGCAGAGGCUGAGAUCUGAACCCCGAACACCCCACUCCUCCCUGUUUAAAUGUGUAAACUCUAGCCACUCAUUAUCAAAUAUGACAAACUUUUUUUGACCUUCUUACUAGAAAGAAGCUACUUCUUUAUAAUUUGAUCACUAACAUGUUGUCUUUUUUGAUACUAUUUAUUUUACCUUGUAGAUAAACUUUACGCUUCAAUCACUUUCAUUUCAGUAUCUCCUAAAUUGAAGUUGUUUUAUAUGCAUGACUGCAACCUGUUUGGUGAAAUGCCUGAAACAAUAGGAAAUGGUUUCUUUGGAUAUUUCACAAAACGUUGAGUGAAAAAAUUCCUAGCGGUUUGUUCAUGCUGAAGAAUCACAGCAGAUUGUUACUUUCUAGAAAUAGUCUUUCCGGAGAGUUACGUGGUAUGAUUGAGUCGUUAAAUUUAAAUAUAGUUAGGAAUGUCAUCAUGUCAAUUUGCAGUCAGGAAUUUUUCCCUACGGGAUGGGGAGGGACGGGGAGAAAGUCACCGGAAACUUUAUUAAAAUGACUUUUAAAUGUGUAUGUUCAAGUGCUUUAUAUGUUAUAUUUAAUGGUAUUAUUACGUAAUUUAUGUAUAAGUUUUUUGUAUACAUGAUUUUAUUGUUGCCACAAUAAUGUUAUAAUUCCCCCUUCAUUUCAUCCAUGCUUAUACAAUAUAUUUAAGGAUCAUGGAUAUAUACAUCCGAAAAUACAGUAAGUGAUGAUGAUGAUACCUUUUACUAUUAGCUGCCAUUGUUCUUGUUAGAGUCAAAAAAGCAUAAAGCAAUCUGAAAAGUAUAUUUAAUGUCAAGAGCGUGUGGGGUUUCUGGGAACUUGUCCUCUAUAAAUGAAGUUGAUUUGGGUUAUGUGUGAACCAAAAACAACCAAAUGAAAAAAUCCAUCAUGUCAAUUCUUCUCUUCAUUUUCUUUUUCAUCUAUGCAAAUUGUGAAUCUCAGCUAUACAAUCAAGAACAUGAAAUCCUAUUAAGCAUAAAAAACCAUUUCCAAAAUCCAUCAUUCCUUAGUCAUUGGACAAAAUCAAACACUUCAUCACAUUGUUUAUGGCCAGAAAUCCUUUGCACAAAGAAUUCAGUCACUUCACUUUCAAUGAUCAAUAAGAACAUAACACAAACAAUACCGCUUUUCCUAUGUGAACUCAAAAACCUCACUUACAUUGAUUUUCAAUACAAUUAUAUUCCAAAUGAGUUUCCAACAUCCUUAUAUAAUUGUUCCAAGAUUGAACAUCUUGAUCUUUCAGAUAACUUCUUUGUCGGUAACAUUCCGAAUGAUAUCGAUCGGUUGGCCAGUCUGCAGUUCCUUAGCCUUGGAGCAAACAACUUUUCAGGUGAUAUUCCAAUGAGUAUUGGUAAGUUGAGGAAUUUGAAAAGUCUUCGACUUUAUGAAUGUCUUUUCAAUGGUAGUAUUGCUAAUGAAAUUGGUGAUUUGUUAAAUCUCGAAACACUGUCAAUGUUCUCAAAUAGUAUGCUACCUAGGACAAAGUUGCCAUCUAGUUUUACUAAGUUGAAGAAUUUAAGGAUGUUUCAUAUGUAUGACUCCAACUUGUUUGGUGAGAUUCCUGUAACAAUUGGUGAAAUGAUGGCUUUGGAGUAUUUGGAUUUAUCAGGAAAUUUUUUGAGUGGAAAAAUUCCAAAUGGUUUGUUCAUGCUAAAGAAUUUGAGCAUAGUGUACCUUUACAGAAAUAGUCUCUUUGGAGAGAUACCAAGUUUGGUUGAAGCAUUGAAUUUGACAGAAAUUGAUCUUUCAGAGAAUAAUCUUGCAGGGAAAAUACCAAAUGAUUUUGGAAAGCUCCAAAGUUUAACAUGGUUGUAUUUGUACAUGAACAAUUUGUCAGGGGAGAUUCCCCAUGGUAUAGGAAAUCUUAAAUCUUUAAAAGGUUUCUAUGCUUUUAUAAACAAGUUUUCAGGUACACUUCCUUCUGAUUUUGGUCUUCACUCAAAGCUUGAAUAUUUUCGAAUUGAAGUCAACAAUUUUAAGGGAAAGUUACCAGAGAACUUCUGUUAUCAUGGUAACUUACAAGUUUUCACUGCAUAUGAAAAUCAUUUAAGUGGUGAGUUGCCAAAAUCAAUUGGAAAUUGUAGUAACUUGCUUGUGCUGGAAAUUUACAAGAAUGAAUUUUCUGGUAAAAUUCCUAGUGGACUUUGGAAUAUGAAUUUGGUGAUUUUCAUGAUAAGUCAUAAUAAGUUCAAUGGUGAAAUUCCUCAAAAUUUGUCUUCAAGUAUUUCAGUUUUUGAUAUAAGUUACAAUCAAUUUUAUGGUGGAAUUCCAAUUGGAGUAUCUUCUUGGACUAGUGUGGUUGAGUUUAUAGCAAGCAAGAAUUAUCUUAAUGGAAGUAUUCCUCAAGAGUUAACAACUCUUCCUAAUCUUGAAAGAUUGUUGCUUGAUCAAAACCAGCUAAAAGGGUCACUUCCAUCAGAUGUAAUAUCAUGGAAAUCCUUGGCGACUUUGAAUUUGAGCCAAAAUCAACUUAAUGGACAAAUUCCAAUUUCAAUUGGUCAUUUACCUUCCCUUAGCGUUCUUGAUUUAUCAGAAAAUCAAUUCUCAGGCGAAAUACCUCCGAUACUCACACAUCUCAGAAAUCUCAAUCUCAAUCUAUCAUCCAAUCAUUUAACAGGAAGAGUUCCAACUGAAUUUGAAAAUUCAGCUUAUGAUAGAAGCUUUUUGAACAAUUCAGAUUUAUGUGUUGAUACACAAGCAUUGAACCUCACCCAUUGCAAGUCUGGCCUUAAAAAACAUUGGUUUCUUGGUUUGAUUAUUAGCCUAAUUGUGGUGACUUUGUUGUUCGUUUUGUUGGCAUUGUUCAAGAUCAUCAAACGUUACAGAAAAAGAGAACCAACAUUGGAAAAUUCAUGGGAGCUCAUUUCAUUUCAAAGGCUGAGUUUCACAGAGUCAACCAUAGUUUCCUCAAUGACAGAACAGAAUAUCAUUGGAAGUGGUGGAUUUGGAACGGUAUACCGCGUUCCAGUCGACGGUUUAACCUAUGUUGCUGUGAAAAAAAUCAAGAGUAACAAAAAUUCAAGGCAACAGCUCGAAGCUUCGUUUCGGGCGGAAGUUAAAAUAUUGAGCAAUAUUCGACAUCGAAACAUUGUGAAGUUGUUAUGUUGUAUCUCUAAUGAGGAUUCUAUGAUGCUUGUAUAUGAGUAUUUGGAACACAGUAGCCUAGACAAGUGGCUGCACAACAAAAAUGAGUCAUUAGCUAUGUUGGAUUCGGCGCAACAUGUCGUCCUCGAUUGGCCAAAGCGAUUGCGAAUAGCUACUGGUAUUGCUCAUGGUUUGUGCUACAUGCACCAUGAUUGCUCGCCUCCAAUAAUUCAUCGCGAUAUAAAAACAAGCAACAUACUUUUGGAUUCUGAAUUCAAUGCAAAAGUUGCUGAUUUUGGCUUUGCUAGAUUCUUAACGAAGCCAGGACAGUUUAACACCAUGUCAGCUUUGGUUGGAUCGUUUGGUUAUAUGGCUCCAGAAUAUGUUCAAACAACUAGAGUCAAUGAAAAGAUUGAUGUCUUCAGCUUUGGUGUUAUCCUAUUGGAACUUACAACUGGUAAAAAAGCUACUCGUGGUGACGAGUAUUCAUCUCUUGCACAAUGGGCUUGGCGCCAUAUUCAAGCAGAAAGCAAUAUAAUAGAGUUGCUUGACAAUGAAGUAAUGGAACAAAGUUGUUUGGAUGAAAUGUGCUGUAUUUUCAAACUUGGGAUAAUGUGUACUGCUACACGUCCUUCUAGUAGACCUUCCAUGAAGAAGGUGUUACACACAUUGCUUAGAAGUGAAGUAGGGAUUGUGUUCGGACAGAGGAAUGAUAUUGCCGGGGAAUAUGACAUUGUUCCAUUUCAUUAAAUUUCAAAAUUGGAGAUAUGGUUGGGAUGUUGUUGAUAGCGAGUAACAAAUUGGUCGAACUCCUCCAAUGUAUCUGUCACAUUUGUUUGCCUAUCUCGAGUGAACAUUGAAAAUAUAGUAUUAGAGUGAGUGUUGGCACUACUCGUUUUUUUAAUUUCUUACUUGUAUCCCAAGCAUCCCGUAUGCUACAUUGUU